AUGCCUGAAAAUCCCGCUGCAGAUAAACAGCAGGUGCUGCAGAUCCUGGAUCGCCUGCAAGCAAAAUUGCGGGAGAAAAGAGAUUCCCAACAUAAUGAAAACCUGAUGGUUCUGCGUAACACUCUCAGGAGCCCUUUGUUUAACCAGAUACUGACCCUCCAGCAGUCCAUCAAGCAGCUGAAGGAACAACUCAAUUAUAUGCCUCCUGACCAUUCAGUAGAUUUUGAUUUUACUAAGAGAGGACUACUAGUGUUUGCUGACAAAUCAGUUGCUGCUGGGAGUGUCUAUACACCUCGCAGUUCACCUGAGGCCAGAACAUCUUCCUUCACUCCAAACCUGAGUGUUAAUGAAUUUAAUGCAAUCAUCCAACAGAUGGCAAAGGGGAGACAAAUAGAAUCAAUAACGAUUGAAAAGCCUUCUGUUGGAGGUCUUGGAUUUAGUGUGGUUGCCCUUAAAAAUCCCAGCUUGGGAGAAGUUGGUAUCUUUGUUAAGGAAGUCCAGCCAGGAAGCAUAGCUGACAGGGAUCAAAGACUGAAGGAAAAUGACCACAUACUGGCCAUUAAUUGCACCCCAUUGGAUCAGAACAUUUCCCAUCAGCACGCUAUUGCCCUCCUCCAGCAAUCCACAGGAUCUCUACAUCUGGUUGUUGCUAGGGAGCCAGUUCAAGGAAACAGCAGAACUUCGUCUGUCUUAUUAAGUGAUAUAAAUCCACCUGAGACCAUUCACUGGGGCCACGUUGAAGAUGUUGAGCUGAUUAACGAUGGUUCAGGAUUAGGCUUUGGAAUUGUAGGAGGAAAGUCCAGUGGAGUAGUUGUAAGAACAAUUGUUCCUGGGGGAUUAGCAGAUCGGGAUGGGAGGCUCCAGACAGGAGAUCACAUCUUACAGAUUGGAGGGACCAAUGUGCAAGGAAUGACCAGUGAACAAGUUGCCCAAGUGCUGAGAAACUGUGGGAAUUCUGUUAGGAUGAUUGUUGCAAGAGACCCAAAGUGUGAAAUCAUGGAGACUCCACCAGCCCUUGUGAGCUGGCCAGUCAGUACAUUACCUUCCUUUCAAAAUGGAAAUGAUAAUACCAACCUUUGUGAGACCUAUGAUGUUGAACUUAUAAAAAAGAAUGGGCAAAGCUUGGGGAUAACAAUUGUUGGAUACACUGGCACAUGUGAUGGAGGUGAGUCUUCAGGGAUUUUUGUGAAAAAUAUAAUACCUGGUAGUGCUGCUGACCACAACGGCCAAAUUCAUGUUAAUGACAAAAUUGUUGCUGUUGAUGGAGUUAAUAUACAGGAUUAUACCAACCAAGAAGUGGUAGAGGCGUUGCGUAACGCAGGACAGACUGUACGCCUUACCUUACUUAGAAGGAGACCUUCUUCUACAGAAAGACCUUCAGAUAGAGUGCAGCCAGCUGUUCCAACCUUUGUGUCCCCUGGAGCUGUAGGAGCUGAAACUAGUGUGGAUGCUAAGAAUGGGGAAAGCCACAAACAGAAGGAUAAUCUUCAAAAUGAAAAGAAGCAGAGUCUGCAUAAAACAGGAAGAGUCCCGCUCCCUCCAGCAUAUGAGCUGAAAUCCAAGUGGGAAAACCUGCUGGGACCUGAAUAUGAAGUUAUGGUUGUGAAUGUGGAUACGCCCAUUACAGAUGAUUUGGAACUCCAGAAGUACUCAAAGCUAUUACCCAUUCACACCUUGAGAUUAGGAGUUGAGCUUGACACGUUUGAUGGACAUCAUUAUAUAUCAUCAAUUGCUUCAGAUGGUCCAGCUGCGGCACUUGGUCUUCUGCAACUGGAGGAUGAACUUCUGGAGGUAAAUGGAGUUCAGCUAUAUGGAAAAUCACGCCGUGAGGCGAUCACUUUUUUGAAAGAAGUGCCACCCCCAUUUACAUUGGUUUGCUGUCGGCGACUUUUUGAUGACGGCACUGAGUCUUUUGUGGAUGAACCUGCCAUGGGAGUUUCCCCUCCAGAACAGAAGGUGAAACCCAAGGAAGACAUUAAUCCUGAAGAGGACGAAGGGGAAUUAGCGUUAUGGUCUCCUGAUGUGAAGGUUAUUGAACUGGAGAAAGACAAAAAUGGUUUAGGAUUCAGCAUUUUAGACUACCAGAUGAAAAGCCUGCAGAAGGAGAGGCAGUGGCGGCCCUGCCGACAGGCUCUGCGUGCGGUGGGCUUUCUUCAGCUGGUAACGCAUCAUGCCCAGGAGAGACCUGAGGAGCAGCAUCGCGUCGUCGCUGCUGAUUCUGUGUUGAACAGGGACCCUGCCCCCCUUCUGACCGUUAAAAAGGUAAGUCCCCAGUGCCCAGCUGCCCUGUACACCCGUGGGGCUGUAGGAGCUUAUGGGCUCACCUGCGCCAAGUGGUCCUUGCCAACGAGCGAAGAGCUGGUGAAUGCAGUUGAGUACAUUCCUGGUAAAGUUUCUAGGGUGUUCAUGAUCAGUGGUUUCCAGAAUUCCAGCAGUACUAAAAGCAUUGGGAGACCAGAAACCACUUUAAUAAGAAAUCAAAGAGACUGUGUAUCUCAGCGUGAGAUACAGAUCUACAGGAGGAAUCGCUUGCUGAGCUACAGGCGACGGCAGAGGAGAGACCGCUCCUCAUCCUCUGCACACACCAAAGGCUCUGCUGGGGCUUUGACGGACUCGCCAGAGCACGAAACGCCUCCGGUGGUGCUGGAGCUGGGCCUGGAGUGCCCUCUCUUGGCUGCUGCAGAAACCUCACGUUUGCUCCCUCUGCUUGAAAACAGCAGUGUAAUUAUAACCCCUGGUUUGUAUUUGCCUGGUUUUAAUAUGGGCCUCUUCGUAGAGAAGAUUUCUUCUGCUGCUGCCCAUCGUGAAGCAAUUCCAAUAUGUGGCUUAUGCUCGUGCACGUUGCAAGCUAGCGAUGAUAACG